CGUAUAAUUAGAAUUGCACUCCCGUGUUAAAACCAUUCAGAACGAUGUUAUUAUUUAAAACAACCAUUACAUAUUUAAUGCUUGGAAUUUGACUUACUCUGUUUGAUAUUAUGUCGUAUCGGAUCGUCUAUCAUUAAACCUUCCUACCCAUUUUAGAAUGGUAUAGCGUAGCUAAACGUCAACAAGUACAGCAUUAACUCAUUACAUAUCGUCGGGAAGAAGAUGAGGAUGUUGGAUGUGAAUCGGUCCUAAAUUAUGGAUGAUCUGAAAAUCAUCUUGACUGGAGUAAAACCAGACAGUACAAUGUCAAACUAACUUUCCUUGAAUGGGACCAAAUUCCAAAGAAUCAACCUCUACUAGCGCUGUCAGCAUACUCCAGAUUCCAAAUCCUUUUGUACAAAAUGGGUGGUAAAAGUCGAAAACAGAGCUCGAUUCGGGCUGAAGAAUGUCCUAUGACAGACUUUGGAGCUGACGAAAACGCCAAUGAUGUCGAAUGGGUAAAUAAAGAAUGGGUGAAGAAACUUUUCCGUAUUGCAGCGAUUGUGAGUUUUUGUUCAGUCAGCAUGAAUACGCCAUUUACAUUUGAAUAUAGGCCGGUGCUCGAAUACGUAACGCUGAUUCUAGACACCAUGGUAAUGCUUCUCUUCACAGCCGAAAUGAUUGCUAAGUGCCGUUCUCGGGGUUUGUUAAAGGGAGAUUAUCCGUAUCUAAAAAAUAGAUGGUGUAUUUUUGACAUGACAAUGGUGUUACUUUUAUGGGCCUCUGUGAUACUUCAGGUCCUGAAUUGGCAGAAAAUUGUGAGUGAUUUUGUGAGUGUUGUUCGUUCUCCACGGCCGUUCAUUAUGAUCCGAGCUUUCCGUGUUUACCUGAAGGUUAACAUGUCCCGAGCAAGAAUGGCAAUUAUAUUCAAACGUUCCGGUCAGCAAGUUUGGAGUGUGGCCAUUUUUCUCAUCUUCUUUUUGGCUCUCUACGGUAUCCUGGGUGUGCAGAUGUUUGGCAAGUUAUCCUUUCAUUGUGUGAGAAAAGGUGCCAAUUUGAGUGAUCUGGAGUUAAGUGACUUUGCAAUCCCCGAUACAUACUGUCGUCAAGAGAAUCCUGAUUGUCCUGAGGAAAUGGAUUGUAAGAAUGUUGAGAAAUUACCUGGCAAGCUUAAAGAAUUUAACGGCUUUGAUCAUAUCGGCAAGAGUGUAUUUACAGUGUAUGAGAGUGCCUCGCUUGAAGGCUGGGUGUACAUCAUGUAUAAAGUCAUAGACAGCUUUGCUCCAUGGAUGGGUUACCUUUUCUUUGUUACCAUGGUUUUCUUUCUCUCCUGGUUAGUCAAGAACGUUUUCAUUGCGGUUAUUGUUGAGGUAUUUGCUGAAUUGAGAACUCAGUUUCAUCACAACAGUGGCAAGGAAGCAGUUGGUGCGUUUGGCUCUCAGCAGGUUUUAGAGGCGGAGCCAACUGAACUGAGUCCUUGGAAGCUUGUGAGUGUUGAUGAAGAUAAACCACAGGGACUAGCACCCCACUUCUGCCAGGUCAUCCUGCAAUCUAGAAGCUUUCAUUUAGCCAUUCUCCUGGUAGUGGCCGUUGAUGCUGUGUUUGCUUCAACAUACAAUUUAUUUUACACUGACGAUGAAGCCAAGAAAAAAAGAUAUGACGGACUGCUAUAUUGGCUUCAGGUUGCUUUCACUGUGGUAUUUGAUCUUGAGAUGCUGUUUAAAAUCUGGUGUCUUGGUUUCAAAGGGUACAUGAAACGAGCAUAUCACAUUGUGGAGAGUGUGUUGGCUAUUUUCACCACAUUACACAUCCUCUCCCAAGGCCUGUAUCAUACUGAGCUGACUUAUUUCCAGGUUUUCAGAUUUAUAAGAUUGAUUAAGUUGUCUCCCACACUGGAAGAUUUUGUUCACAAGGUCCUAGGUCCAGGCCGUAAACUAGGAUUCCUGGUUGCCUUCACCAUGACUUCACUAAUCAUUGUUUCUGUUGUCAGCCUUCAGUUAUUCUGUUUCAUACCUGAUCUUGAACAGUUUCAAAAUUUCUUCAAAGCCCUUAUGUCAAUGUUUCAAAUCCUGACCCAGGAAGGGUGGGUGGAGGUUAAAAACUCCUGUUGGUAUGCAAGCGGCCUCCAUGAUCAAUUCCCCAUUGCAUUAUUCUUUGUAGUAUACCAUCUCUUUGCAGGUGUGGCCUUCAUGUCCAUGUUUCAAAUAUUGACCCAAAAGGGCUGGGCAGUAGUCAUGUACGAGACUAUGUAUCAAACCAAUGAUAGCUUCAACCACCUUAUUGUUCUCUACUUCAUUAUAUACCAUCUUUUCGCUACCAUGAUUGUAUUGAGUUUAUUUGUUGCUGUCAUCUUGGAUAAUCUUGAGUUGCCCGAAGAAAUGAAGCGUAUCAAACAGCUGAAAGCAACCGAGCAGAAAACAGUCGCUGAAAAGUUGCCACUUAGACUUCAGAUCUUUGAAAAAUUUCCAGAUAAACCGCAGACUGUUGUAAUGUCAAGGCUACCAUCUGAUUUCACUCUUCCAAAAAUAAGAGAGAGCUUUAUACGCCAGUUCAUUGAGACGGGCACUGAAGUGGAGAGGAUGUUACGAGGAUCUGAAGAAUCAAAUAUGGCGGCCAUCAGUGAAUCUAUUGCUUCUAAUCGACUGCUAAACCGGAGCUUAGCUCCCAUCAAAGGUGUCACCUCUUUGCAGAAGAAAAUUGGAGUAUCAACAGUUGUUAAAGAUUCAAUGAAGCAGAGAGGGCUUAAUAUGGAUGAUGGAGGACACCUCACAGGGGGCUACACAUUUUCCGAAUUUGGAAGCAGAGAUCGAAGGGGUUUUCGUGGAAGUCUUAGAGGUCAUCGCACUAUGGAGGGAAUCAGGGAGAAUGGUGACUCAGUAGCCAAUAGGAAUGUCUCGUUUGAUAUCCGUGUAAUUCAAGAAAGAAAACAAUUAGCUGUUCAGAAAAGAGACGCUAAAGAAGAUGAACUGCGGGAAAACCACCCAUACUUUGAUAUGCCUCUGCUGACCUUUGACCAGGAAAGUCGUAUCCGGCAAAUAUGCAUGGCAAUCGUCUAUGCUCGCUACGACCCAACAAUGAGAGAGCUUAGUAAAGGAAUAAUGAAGAAGAGUCGCUAUCAGUCUGUUCAUGAUUUCCUUGGCAUUGUAACAUACCUUAGUUGGUGCUCCAUCCUUGUAACAAUAGGAUCGUGCAUUUCUAUGUUUUGGGAGCAUCCAGAUAAUCGCAUCAUGGAUAACAAUAGUCUGAAGAUCAUGGAAUUUAUCUUUGUUAUUUUCAUGAGUUUUGAACUGCUACUGAAGGUGUUGGCGGAUGGAUUAUUUUUCACUCCAAAAGCUUUGAUUCGUGAUGCUGGAGGCGCUUUAGACGUGUUCAUCUACUUUACAAGCCUAAUCUUCUUGUCGUGGAUGCCAAAAAAAGUUAAAGUAAAUUCUUUGGCUCAGAUGUUUAUGAUUCUUCGGUGCUUUCGUCCUCUUCGGAUAUUUACAUUGGUGCCGCACCUGCGCAAGGUUGUCUACGAAUUGUUACGAGGUUUCAAAGAGAUCAUUCUUGUUUCCAUUCUGCUUCUGGCUUUGCUAUUCAUGUUCGCAAGUUACGGAGUUCAGCAGUUUGCCGACAGUCUGGGCAAGUGCAAUGAUGAAAGUAUCACAUAUAAGGAAGACUGUCAUGGUGAGUUUCUGCAAACUGUCGGAGUUGUCAAAUUUCCCGUACUUGAGGACAAUCAGACUACAUUCCUAGUUCCACGAGUGUGGUCAAACCCUCGUAAUUUUAAUUUUGACAACAUUGGUCAUGCCAUGUUGGCAUUGUUUGAGGUUUUGUCUUUAGAAGGCUGGUUAGAAAUCAGAGAUAUCAUCGAGGAACGAAAAGGAAUUCGGUACUGCAUCUACAUCCAUGUGUUCGUGUUCAUUGGCUGUAUGAUUGGUCUGACAUUGUUUGUAGGUGUGGUCAUUGCAAAUUUCUUUGAAAACAAGGGAACAGCAUUGAUGACUGUAGACCAGCGUCGAUGGCAGGACUUGAAGGGGCGACUAAAACUUGCUCAACCUUUACAUCUUCCCCCUCGUCCAGACCACUCUAGGAUUCGUAGCAGUUUAUAUGAUCUCACGCAAAACAAGUAUUUCAAAAGAUUCAUUGCUUGCAUGGUGAUACUCAACUUUGGUUUUCUGUCCGUCAAGUGGAAAGAUGCAAGCGGAGAAGAAGAAAAGAACGUUUCUUAUUAUCUGGCGUCCUGCUCCGUCAUCUUCAACAUCAUCUUUGCUUUGGAAGUUAUCCUAAAGUGCAUUUCACUGAGUCCUAUUGGUUACUGGCACAGUCGUCGCAAUCGCUGUGAUCUGAUCGUCACUGUAUGCGGUGUGGUCUGGGUAGUUUUGCUUUUGAAUUAUAAGGAUCAAAACACCUACACCAUUGGAUAUGUUAUUAUUGUCUUCCGGUUUUUCACUAUAACUGGCAAACAUCCAACACUAAAGAUGUUAAUGAUGACCAUUGUGGUUUCUAUGGUCAAGAGUUUCUUCAUCAUUGCCGGUCUGUUCCUGUUAAUGACUGCUUAUGCAUUUGCUGGAGUUGUGUUGUUUGGAAAAGUAAAAUAUGGUGAAAGUUUAAGCCGACAAGCCAACUUUGAGAAUGCCACAAAUGCUACUGCCACCCUCUUUCGUAUUGUAACUGGAGAAGAUUGGAACAAGAUAAUGCAUGACUGUAUGGUACAGCCAAAGGAAUGCACACCAGGGGAGAACAUCUGGGAAACAGACUGUGGUAACCCAGCUGCUUCUUUGUUCUACUUCUGUACAUUUUAUCUCAUCAUCGCCUACAUAGUUCUCAAUCUACUGGUUGGUAUCAUCAUGGAGAAUUUCUCCUUAUUUUACUCAAGUGAAGAGGAUGCCUUGCUAAGCUAUGCAGACAUCAAAAAUUUCCAAACCACAUGGAAUAUGGUUGACAUAAACAGGAGGGGUGUUAUUCCGGUAAGUCGUGUAAAAUUUGUAUUACGCCUUCUGCGAGGGCGUCUCGAAGUGGAUAUGGAAAAGGAUCACCUUAACUACAAGCACAUGUGUUGUGAAAUUGAGAAGAUGAGAAAUGGACAAGAUGUUAACUUCCAUGAUGUUCUCAGCAUGUUGUCAUACCGUACUGUUGAUAUACGAAAAUCGCUUCAGCUAGAUGAAUUGAUGGCCAGAGAAGAGCUUGAAUACAAUAUUGAAGAAGAGGUUGCCAAAGAUACAAUAAGAAAUUGGCUUGAAAAGUGCAUUAAGAAACGCAAGACAAAAGAAACAAGUAACAAAGAUCCGUCAAUAACACAGCACAAUUUCCUAGCGAGUGAGAGUAAGCGGUACAGCAUACCAACGUGCAUCACACCCAAUGCAGUUAGAACAUUAGAAUCUGAAGAAAUGCCAGGAUUGGAGACGAGCAUGCAGUCAGCAGACACUGCCUCUAACCAAUCAAGUUCCCCAAGCCACAAGUUACUGGUACCCUGUGUAUCCGAUGGUUCCAUCAAGCUAGGUGAGGAUGAAUCACCGAAUCCGGUUGUUGGAUUCCGGCUUAGACGACAGCACCACCAUAGGAGGAUGUUAGUAGGCUCAACUCCAAGCACACCAGCUUCAGGACCACCAAGCAGCACCUUAUCCAGCCCCAUGUUUCCCAAACCAGUCAACUCAUACGUGAUGGGCUUGGCAACUCAAGAUGUACAGGAUUGGUGGCGAGAACAGUUACAGUAUGACAGUGGAUCUGAAGAAGACUAAGAAAGUUUAAAAUUGGCAGUUGUGUUUUUUCGUUUUGUUUUUUGAAAUGAUAUAAUUUUAUAUUAUUUAUGUGUUUAAUUAGUAUUAGGCAUUGUCUUCAGAUAAUUGUCCUAAUGGGAAAUUCUAUAGGUAGUGUGCUCACUUGGCCUCAAGUUGGUAGAGCAUUCGAACAGUAGUAGUAAUAUGCAUCCCUAUUAUAUUACCUUUUUUGUAUUAUUUAAUUUAACUGUUUUAUGUUUUUAACAUAUUUUGCAGCUUAGCCUCUUAGUUCAGUAGGUAGAGCAAUAGAAUGGUAAUCAAAAAGGUCUUUUUUUGAAUUCUAAUAUGGACAAUACUUACAUACAUGUAGCCAAUCUAAACCAUGUGAACAACAUGUUGAGUUUAAUUAAUUUUUAUUAAAAAAAAAAAAACAGCAAUUCUAUGAUAUCCAGAGAUAUACUAUCAGUCAUUACAUUUAAAAUGUAACUUGGUGCUUUUAAAAAAAUGUAUAUAGAUAAUGUGUAUAUAAAUUAAUAUCAUGCUUGGUAAGAGAGUAGAUAUAUUUAUUUCUUAAAACGUAACAUUAAUUUAUGAACAACGUAUUUUAUUGUGUCACAGUUGCUUAAAUUAGCUUUUAAACACAAUAUAUUAUAUAUUAUAGAAACAGUUUUUAAUAGUAUUUAUAUUAAUAUAAGAAUUUAUAUAUUAAGGGCAAUACUUGUAAAACCACCAACCACCAACAGUUAUACAGUAUUUGCGUGUAACUGGAAUUAAACAGAAAAGAACGGUCCGAAAAAUCAAUAGUUUCCUAUGUAGACUGUGCCGAUAUAGAGCCUAAACCUGUGUCGUUUUCUCAGUUUAAGAUAAUAAUGUGGAGCAAAAAUUAGUGAUCAUAUUAAAUAGUGAUCGUCCUUAUUUUAAAUGUGACCUAACAAGGGCUUGAUUUUAUAUUGAAGAGGAGGUAACUAAAGAACCUUGAAUUCUUGGUAUGACCACAAUCAGUGACGUAUCUAAGCAGCAUCGGGGUGCACAUCACCUGUAGAAUUGCACCCACCCCCCCCCCCCCCCCCCAAAAAAAAACCAAAAAAACAUCUGAGCAAAUUGUGUAUACUCAAGUACAGUAGUUGGAAAUAACAACAUCAAUUUCAUCUCAUUAUUUGAGCUGUUUCUCCCCGCCCCCUUCUUUUUUAGAUUCGCCACUGAAAAGGUUCAUAAUUACAAGAACCAUUAUUCCUUUUUGUGUGACCAACACAUGCCAGCUUGUGAUGCAUAUACACUGCACCCUCAAAUUUGAAACCACAUUUGGAACUGCAAAUUUGUGGUGACCUUGGGGUAAAGUUUCCAAUUAGAGUGUAAGCUUUGUGUUAAAAGAUGGAAUUUUUGUAUUAGUGGUUCAAAAAUGGGGUCUCAAAUUUCAGGAUGAACUGUAGUUUCAUCAUGAGCACAGCAUGCCCACAGUAUAAGUAUUAAUAAAGGAUACCAAAAUACAACUUGUCUAAAAAUAGUGCAAUAGAUGGAAUGGCUUUAUUGUAACCUUGUGUAUUGUUUUGUAUCAUGUGUUUGUGAACAUGGCAAAAAUACAAUGUAUACUAAUAUUUAAACAAAUUAAAUAGUGUACUGUAUGUUUUUAAGAUCUCAAGAAAAUGAAUGCUUUAUCAUGUAAUGUAAUUUUCACAGAAUUACUGAAAUUACUUACUACUCUAUAUAUUUGAUUUGUAUAAAAUUUAUGCUAAAAAAUGAGCCUUGGUGCGUGGUUUCUUUGAAACCAACCUUUUCAACCUAGCUGAUUAAAUGCAUUCACAUAUUAAACCCUUGUUUAUGUUAUACUAACUGACACAUGUUGAUACAGAUGUAAAACUGUAGUUUAUUUCUCAUUUGUUAGCAUUGAUUAUUAAGAACCAAUAUUAAGAACCAAAUAUGUUUGCUUAUAGUGACUCGUUGAAGUAAGAAUAAAUAUUUCACAAAAACA